UAUAGACUGAUGUACAAAGGUGAGCGCCGACCUUUUUCCCACAAAAUGAAUAUAAAAUAAACAGUUUAAGGCGGUUUCCACAGACAGCAGACCUGAUUCAUCUGCGAGUGCAUUAAAUGCUGAAAGAUGGUAUUAGACACAAAAUACAAGAUAACGGUCUACACUGGGGACAAACCAGGGGCUGGAACAGACGGCAACGUGUACAUCAUCCUGUUCGGAGAAAAUGGUGACUCGGGAGAGAAAUUCCUUGAUAGCAAGGAGAACAACUUUGAAAGAAAAAAGCAAGACCAGUUUGUCAUUGAAACCCCAUGUCUCGGAAGGUUGGACAGGAUACGCAUCGGCCAUGAUUAUGGAGGGAUCAGCCGUAGCUGGUUUCUGGAUAAGGUUAUCAUUUACGACUGUGACAAUUCCAUUACCUACACGUUUCAAUGCCAACAGUGGUUGUCGAUGGAUGAGGACGAUGGUCAGAUUUUCCGAGACCUUUUUCCCGGCUACUCAUACAUUAUUACCGUUUCGACGGGGGACUAUCCAAACGCCGGAACAGACGCCAAUGUGUUCGUUCUUCUACACAAUGGCAAGAAAAAACAAGACAGCGGUAAGGUCUGGCUAUCGGACUGGAAGUUUAAGCGUGGAAUGGCAGAGAUAUUCGACAUCAAUUUGCAGUUGAUGUUAAGUCCGCUAACAAGCUUGAAGAUUGGGCAUGAUGACACUGGUUUGGAAACAGGCUGGUACUGUGAACAGGUGAUAGUGUAUUGUCCAAACACAGGGAUAGAGCAGUUCUUCCCGUGCCGCAAAUGGCUGUCGACGUCCGAAGAUGAUGGGUUGAUACAGAGAACACUAUACGAAGAUACAGGAAGGAGAAAGAAGAAGGACAAGAAGAAUACAUGGAACGUCUGGGUGAAGACAAGCGACAUCAACAGUGCUGGAACCACUGCCAAUGUCCGCAUCUGUCUCUACGGAAAGAAGGGAAAAUCGAAGGAAAUCCAACUAGACAAUAAGGGGGACUUUAAGAAGGGGCACGUCGACCAUUUCAAGGCGCAUAUUGAGGAGAUUGGGACUCCAUACAAACUCCGCGUGUAUCAUGAUAACACGGGGUGGGCAGCCGGCUGGCAUCUGGAUAGGAUUAACAUGGAGAUAGUGGGUGCAAAGGAGAAAUAUGCAUUUAAAUGUAACCGCUGGCUGGCAGACUAUAAAGAUGACUUCUCAAUUGUACGAGAGCUUCCUGCGCAGGGACCUGGCAUUAAAAACCCACUACCAUUGGAGAAAUACAAGGUCCAGGUGUUUACGGGAACCAAGAGCAUGGCGGGAACAAACGCCAAUGUGUAUGUCAACAUAUUUGGGGAACGGGGAGAUACCAGUGUCAGGUUCCUGAAAAAGUCACAAAAUAUGGACAAAUUUGAAAGGGGAAAGAUGGAUGAAUUUGUGCUUGAGGCUGUAUCAGUUCUUAAGCUGACGAAGAUACGUAUUGGACAUGAUGGGAAGGGAAUUGGUGCAGGCUGGUAUCUCGAUAAGGUUGUUGUUUCACAGAUAGGAGAGAAAAAAUACAACCAGGAGUUUGUAUGUCAGAGAUGGCUAGCAGUGGAUAUGGACGAUGGUUUAAUUGAGCGGGAAAUUACGGCAUCAGGAGCCCAGAUGUUAGCUAAGUUGUUAGACCCUGAGCAACAACCCAUGGAAAUUGAGACACGAACAAUCUACGAAAGAGAAAGGGGCUCUAGUGGUCAGCCAGGAGUUGGUACAAUUGCUAUACAAGUGCGUUCAGGGGAAGGGAAAGGUGAACCUAUGGAUACUAGCUUUGAAAACCUGCCAGCACACAAUGUGAUGGAUGCUCAAAUAGAUGAAGUGAGACAUUUUCGAGGUAUAUCCGAUACACAGCCACAUAUUGAACCGCGUUUUAGAGGCACUCCAGCUAUACCAUCACAGACUGAGCCGCGCCCAAAAAAUGAGCUGCAAUUUGGAGAAACUAAACCUCUGUCACAUCCAAAUGGUUUAGAUUCACCUUUGGAAGGACUAAGCAAAACUUUGAAGGUGGUGAUUAAAAGAGAUUUGUUUGACGGCCGUCUUAUCAGUCUCGAUGAAUCACAAAUUAAAGAAAUCAUGAAAGUUGGAAAUAUAAAAGAAAUACUUCUCAAGGCGAAAGGCGCUCAAGUAUUUGCUACCCAAGAAAAGGUUCCAGUCUUCAAUACAAAGUUGGUGAUAAAGCAAUUGCAAAUAGAUAAAAUUGAUGUAGAUAGAAUGAAGUCUAUCACAAAUGAAAAGCUUGCGUCCAGGAUUCUUCAUUUUGGGAUAGUUCCAUUGCUUGCCUUUUAUGAUGAUUUGCAUAUAGAUCAGCAUGUGACGGGAUACUACUAUUUUGUGUCACCGUAUUUUGAGGGAGGAACUCUCUUUAAAGCAAUCAAAGAAGACACUGCAAUAAUAGAUUCCUCAGACGGACAUGUAAGAAUGUGUCACAAAACGAGAUUAAAGAUUAUCUACCAAGUGGCUUCUGCAAUUAGUUAUCUGCAUACUCCUGUAGAGGGGUUCAGGAACGAUGUCUUGCAUAUGGACAUAAAGUCCCCAAACAUAGUCCUGGAUUUGAUGUACAAUGCAAGAUUGAUCGAUUUUGGAUUAGCAAGAGAGAUGAAGGAACCCAAUGACUCACUCUUGCUCACUGAGAGCACAAUUUGCGGAACUGAAGGCUACCAUCCAACAACAAAAUUUAAUCGUUUGACCAAAUUCCAUGACUACCACAACUUUGGAGUCGUGAUAAGAGAACUGCUUACGGGACUUCACCCAACAUUAAGGGUUAAAGAUAGCACUCUACGGACAAUGUCAAAAUUUUCCUUGACGAGCAUGAUUCAGAAGAAGAUCUGGAGAAAGAGCAAACUUUCUGAUGAACUUUCUGAUGACUUAUUGACCUUGGCAGAAAGUUGUAUUGAGAGCAUAGCACAGAAUGCAGUAGAAAACACUUUCAAGAUCUCCGAUAUCCUAAAUAAACUUGAUUCACUGAUGCGCGAAGAAAGUGCAGACAAGUGGACAAGAACUGCUGCGAAAGAUUGCGAAAAGUGCGAAGUGUGUGUUGUAAAUAAUGCUGUGGAAGAAAGUGGGUAUCUGGAACAUGAUCCACCAUUAUGUCAGCUGAAAAUCAACGUGUGCGCAUCUUGCAUGAGAAAUUCAUUUUUGAAUCCCAUCAUGUGUCACACUUGUGGAAAUAAGUUGCGACCAUUCAUUGGUGAAAACUGGGGAGCCAUUUUGAUAGCAGGAAAUGACAAGAGAGAGAAGGUAGCAGAGUCCUUUACCGAGGAUGUGUCUAGACUCAGAGAUGUUAUCACAAGCAGAAGUGUUCCGGUCAUGUGUAUCAGGAAAGAGAAGAUUGAAGUCGUAGCACCAAUAAAACCAGGAAAUGAAGACAAUGAGAUGUGGAUCAAAGUUCAACGUGCUUUUGGAAAACUAAAAAAGCAAAAUAUCACAACUCUUAUGGUGGCAUACUCAGGUCAUCAUGGGUUCCGGGCAAAACAAAAAGCAGAGGGCACAAACGAUACAGAUCAAUCCCAAAAUGGUCUUGAGCGAAGUGAGCCAGAAAAAGCAGAUAUUUUACAAGAAGAGGGCAUCUUCAUUCUCAGUGAAAAUGAAUCAAUGAAAGAUGUUGAUUUGUGCAAUGAAAUACAGCAGUUAACAACUGUUGACAAAGUUCUUGUAUUUGAAGACUGUUGUCAUGGUGAUGCCAUGACACAUGCAUUGAAGGGCAAAAGGGUAGUGCAGUUCAACAGCAGUACUACGAGGACAAAAUCAUUGGUCAACUCUAGUCAGAAAAAAAGCCAGUUUAUUGAUGCAUUAAUAAAAGCACUUACGGCAACCGAUGACAAGAAACGUGAAGGUGAAUUGUACCAACACGCGAACUGCCAGCUGUGUGUAAACAUUGCCGACGAAUUGUUUAAGAAAACCUUUCUGACAUUGGAGACUUUGCAUAUAUUUAUUUCAAAUUAUAUUGAUCACUGUAAAAGUACUGGAUUGAAAAGCGUUAGUCAUCCGACAUUUUCAACACAGAAUAUAUUGGGAAAAGACUCUAUUUUGGCCUACCGAUACCAUUUCCCGGUUGCCUUUCACUUCAAGAUAAAGAAACCAAAAGGUGUAGAAAUUAAGUCUGAACUAAUUUUCCUGAAUGAAUAUGAAAAUUUGCUAAAGCUGAAGGAAUUCUUAUUGCGGAAACUGUUAGGUGAUGAUGAUACUACCAAAUACCUCGUUGAAAAAGAUCAAUUGAAGGCCUAUGCUGCCGUUGUUAGCAUUCAAGUAGAAACGGGACCUAGAGAAGUCCAUUUGAAUGAGAUUGAUUCUCUUGAACAGGCCUCUGCAGCCUGGACAUCUCGAAGGGAACUGAUUGCACAAAUUCGAAAUGUUACGAAAAUUGACUUUCAGAACCAUGCGGCUGACAUCGUGUCACCAAAAGAGGUUGAAGUCAUUUUCAAGGAAUUGUGCUUAAAGCCACAACAUUGCGCUUUUAACCCGUCAGAGGAGCAAGUGAGGUUAUUAAUAGACGCAGAUAACCUUCAACAUUGUGUCAAACAAAUCCAUGGAAAACUAGAACGUUUUGGUAUCAGCCAAAGCCUGGAUCAUAUAGACAGAGUCCUCCGCAAAAAACAUGACGAUGUUUCAAAUGUGAAGGUUCACAUUGUUCUUCCAAAAAUAAAUGUCAGUGGUAAACGACAAUUCGGGCCAUUAAUUUUGUAUCAGCUGCAGAGACCAAGUGCGGAAAAGGAAAGCUAAAUGUCAAAAGAGGACGUGCACUUCCACAAAUUAACAUCACAUGUAUACACAGAUACAAUCACCCCAAACACCACAAACUCAAAUACAAACACUACAAACCAUACCCUCAUCAAAAUUGCUUUACCGUUAAUUGCGAUUUCCAUCUCAUUUCCUUUAUGUAUGUGCCCAUUGUUAAAUGUCUGUCAUGUUAGACUCAGCUGAGCAAAUUUAGAUUAGUUUUGUGUUCUCAAUAAAAUCGAAAAUAUUACAUGUCUAGUCUUUUAAUAAUCGAAGAAAUCAAU